AUGGAAGGAGAGACAGCACCCGAGGCCAGGAGAGGAGCCAGCAAAGCCACACGGAUUGCCCUCGGCGUCUUUCUGAGCAGCACCGCUGUGCUUGGCACUGCACUUUUCUUGGCUAGCCAAGGUCUUAUAAAGCUUCAUUCGAAGCAACAGUACUGUUUGACCUCAGAAUGCAUUGAAGUUGCUGCUGGCAUCUUGAGCAAGAUAAAUCAAUCCGUAGAUCCAUGUGAGAACUUCUAUCGAUUUGCAUGUGAUGGCUGGAUAUAUAAUCACCCUAUUCCUGAAGACAUGUCAAAUUAUGGUGUUUAUCCUUGGCUGCGACACAAUGUGGACCUCAAACUAAAGGCAUUGCUUGAGAAGCCCAUCAGCAAGAGACGAGACAGUGAAGCUGUACAGAAGGCCAAGAUCCUGUACGCAUCCUGCAUGAAUGAGAAUAAAAUUGAAAAAGCUGAUGUGAAACCCCUAUUAAGUAUACUGAGGCAUUCACCUUUCCGCUGGCCUGUGCUGGAAGCCAACAUUGGACCUGAAGGGCUAUGGUCGGAAAGGAGGUUUAGCUUAGUCCAAACCUUGGCAACUCUUCGUGGUCAAUACAGUAGUUCCGUCUUCAUCCGUUUGUAUGUGGCUGCUGAUGACAAAAUCUCCAAUCAGUAUAUUCUUAAG